CUUUAUCUAUAAAUUUAUGGUACUACCAAAAAGCAGGCCGGAACCAAAGUUUCAAAGCUAAGGCGAUAUAAUUUUAUUUUAACAAAAUAGCGACUUAAAAUGGCAGCUAAGGCAGCUUUACCUGUGCAUAUCUUUGGCCGGCGACUGGGCCAAUUGAGAGCAGCGGUCACAGCACAGAAUGUGAGCGCCCUGCGUCUGGCGAGUCAAAGGCUGUACACCACAGAAAAGCAGCCGGAGGAGGCAGCUGGCCAGACGGCGGAACAGAAAGCCGCAGCUGGUGCAGCGUCGGCGGAGGUGGAGAAACUGACCAAGGACCUGGCCGCCGCAAAGGAGCAGAAUGCUGAGCUGCUGGAUAAGUACAAGCGCGCCCUGGCGGACAGUGAGAACAUGCGCAACCGACUCAACAAGCAGAUCAGCGACGCAAAAAUCUUCGGCAUCCAGAGCUUCUGCAAGGAUCUGCUGGAGGUGGCGGACACUCUGGGCCAUGCCACACAGGCGGUACCCAAAGAAAAGCUCACUGGAAAUGCUGACCUGAAGAACCUCUACGAGGGUCUGAGCAUGACGCGGGCCUCCCUCCUGCAGGUCUUCAAACGCCACGGCUUGGAGCCCCUGGAUCCCAUCAAUCAGAAGUUCGAUCCCAAUCUGCACGAGGCUCUCUUCCAGAAGGAGGACAAGACGGUCGAGGCCAAUACCGUUGUGGAAGUCACCAAGCUCGGCUACAAACUGCACGAGCGCUGCAUACGGCCCGCCCUGGUUGGUGUGUCCAAGUGUUGAUAGCAAGCCAAGCGAUUGCCCAGAAGAGCGACGUGCUAGAUCAGAAAAUUCCCUGUUGAGAAAAAAAGACCAUCUUUUUACAUGGCGUUGCGCUCAGUUGUUUGCAAUUUAUUUUCUUCUGCAAAAUUUAUGUAUGUUAGCUCCGUGUAAAUACAAUACUGAAAGCCACAUGCAUCCUUUGGGCAGCGCUCGCGAAUUUAGAAUUCCUCCUAGCUUCUAAGUAUUCUGUGACGACUGGAUUUGAUGGCCACAAUUUGUACCACACACGUGGCCAUCAAGUGUUCCAAUUUAAGGUUUAAUUACGAUAAUAAAACAUGUGUUAGUUUGUUGAAAAA